AAAUGUCAAAGCUACGAUGUCAAAAGAAGUUGAAAAUGCUUGAAUAGGUGUAUUUAAUUUUACAAUUUGAAUUCAAAAUCAGAAAUGUGGGUUUGAAUAUUUCAAUGUUUCUUCAAUUUUAAAUGAGAAGUCGAUCAGAAAAUGGAGGAAAAGACAGUCACAUGUGAUGGGGAUAGCCAACAACAUGAAGACAAACAGAAAAUUUCAUCAACUUAUAAUAAUGGAAGUGAUGGAAAUCAUCUGAGUGCAGUAGAAUGUCUCAGAUUAAAGAACAGCCUUAUGGAAAUCUUGGAAGAGCUUAAGAUGCGAAGAAUAAAUGAUAAAGAAAAUGAGGAGAGAAUCAAGAAGGCGGACCAAGAAAAGUAUGAUUUAAGUAGAAAAUGUGAGGCAGAGACACAGAAAUUAAAUGAAUCAAAAGAGCAAUUCCAAAAGCAGAUACAAGAUGCAGAAAGGAAGUACAGGGAGAGGUUGUCACAGGCAGAGGAGCAAUUGAAGCAACAAAAGGUCUUCAAAGACUGUACUGAGAAAGAAAUAAAUGGACUAAAAGAUGAAAUAAGGAACUUAGAGGUGGUCAAAUACACACUGGAAAAAGACCUGAAAGAGCAGGAGAGGAAACUACAGCUUCAUGUACAGUCCUCGGAGCAGCACCUUAACCAGCUCACAGAGACAGAACACAGGUUCAAGGCCCUCCAGCUCCAGUGUAAACAGCUCAGCGAGGCACAGGCUCAACUGGAAGACAGUGUUCAGCAUGCUGUGAGGCACAACCAGGCACUGCUGUACAUAAAUGAACAUCAGAAAUGCAUCCUUAAUGAGGAGAAACACCAUGUCAGCAGUCUGCAGUCACAACUACUGGAGGUCAAAAGUCACCUGCAAAAGAAACCAGAUGAAACCAGUUUGCAGCAAUAUCAGAUGGAAAUAGCUUCACUGAACCAAAAGAUAGAGAGGUUAAAAGCUGAAAAAGAAGGUUCCUCAAAAGAAAUCAAUGAGUGUGCUGCAAAGUAUGAGAAAGUGUCUCAGUUAUUGCAAGAUACACACAAACUGCUGGAACAUCAGAUUGAGAUUGCAGAGAUACAUAAAAAGAAUGCCUCCCAACAGAAGACGCUCAUCCAACAACAGCAGGGAGAAUUAGCAGAGGUCAAAGGUGAACUUCAGGAGGUGACGGACAAAGUUACUUUGCAGAGGGAUCAGCAUAAGGCAGAGGCAGAGGAAUGGCGAAAAAAGACCUCAAAAAUCCAGGAUGAGCUUAUUAAAAUCAAGGAGGAUUUGGAAGAACAAAAGAAAAGAUGUGCAGAUUUGGAGGACUUGAAUACAACAUGGUCAAACCAGAAUAUCCAACUAACAGAGCAGCUUCAGUUCACAAAGGAACAGCUGAACAAACCAAGACGAGACCAGAUCCUGCAGACAGAACUCUGCCUGAUGAACAUGGUGGAUAGUGAGAGUCAAGUAGAGGUAAUCAGUACUGACUCGUCCAUCCAAACCAUGUCCGUCCCACAGAGGACCAACAGCACCCAGACCCCUGCUCCUGAACUCACUGUUUCUAAGACGCAGACAAACAACCCAGCCCUGGCCAACUCUAGCUCUCAGACAGAGAGAGUGGAGAUACAGAGUGUGUCAGUGCUGGCAGAGAUCAUUAAGUACAACUCCAAAGAGAGGCUGUUCUGCCAGUCACUGUCGUCUGCUAACAGGUCUUGUAAAUCAGUUGGUCAACAAUCUUCAGUAGAAGUCCAAGCUCUGUGUAGUCAGUCAAAUGCAGUAACUUUAUCAGACAGUCAAACUCUUCAAGGUUCAGCAAGUCAAUCAGAUAGUCAGUUGUCAGCUGUCACUAGCCAAUAUAUGCAGACUGAGCCUGAACAACUACAAAAUCCCAACUGUCAACACACAUCAGAAUACAUUGAUCUAGCAAAGACUGAAGAUGUUAAUCAAAGAGAAACUGCUCAGCAACUUCCUGAAAAUGGGACAUUGGGAGAAAAUCAAGAAAAUAUCACCAAUAGAAGCCAAGUGAUACAGUCAAAUGCCAUUAGACGACAAUCCUUUCAGCUUCUUGAAAAUACUACUUCAGAUGAAGAUAAAUCUAUUGAUCAAGUAACACCUGUCUCCAAAGGGGUCGUGGAUGAUAAAACUUCCUUGAUAUGUGACAAAAGUAUGUCAACUGAAACCUUGAAACACCAUUCAGUGAUGGAAACUGACAAUCUAACUAAAGAAUUGUUGCAAAACCAAGUAACCCAUACAGAGACAUCUGAAGCAUCAACAGUAAAGAUUGUUGUUCAUCCAACUCCAAGUCUGGCUACUCCAAUUGAUAGGGAUCAGGUGUCCUGUGAUGGUUUGGUAGUUAGCAGACAGGAUGCCAAUGACCCUGCCAUUGAUUCAACGGUUCCCAAUGACCCAGACAAGUCUUGUGUGUCUCCCAGAAGUCCUGGUGGCUCACGACUCAAGUUGUCAUUGUCAAGACCCAAAACACUCUUAACAACACCAUCUUUGAAAAGUAAACAAGAGGAUGCUGUGGGGAGUGAGGCAUGCAAAAUGUCUGGAAAACAAACAUCAUCGACAAUUGAACAAUUGGAUAUUCUUUUGAACUCUCCAAUGUCUGACCAUCAAAAGGAUGAGACAGAUGCUGGAUUAAAGGAAGUGAAAGGGAUUUUAAAAGGUCAAGGUAACAUUUCAACAAGAAAACAAGUGACAUUUGGCAGCCCUCUUCAUGAUAUACAUCAGCUUUCACAAACCUCUGUGGAGAGUGUAUCGCAUGAUGACGGUGACAAGGACCUUUUCUCAGACUCCGAUGACAAUGAUACAGAAGAUGGACCCUCAAAAGCACGGACCCAGGUCUCUGAUAAAAGUCUCCCUGCUACCACUCUGCUCAUCGAUGGGAAGAGGGUAGAGUCUAGCAACACUCUGGCCUUCUGUGUGGAUGACUUUCUUCCUGAUCCUUCUCUCUCCAGAACCAAAACCAUCACUGAAGACACCGAAUAUCCUGAGGACUGCGAUUUGGAAAUUGCUACAAAAUUAAACACUUUCAAUAACAGGGAGCUUAAAGGCAAAAUAUCUGAUACUAUGGUAUCUGAGCCGUCUUUGACGGGCAGAGACACGGUAUCUGUGGAUUCAGGAGAAGAUAAUGUGUCUGUUCCUAAAACAAUGUUUCCAGCUCUUGAGAUUCCCAGUGCUCAAGAAAUCAUGGUAUCGGCAACAACUCUGUCCAACCAGUACAAACGUACAAUUGAUGCCAUACUGAAUAAAGGCAAAAAACUCAAAACUGACAAGUGACACUGCUAAUAGUUAUUAGCUUAUCGUAAUUGUUAUAUGCCUUUUACUUGGAAAAUGCCAUCAUUACUUUGUUAUGGAAAAUAUUUUUUUGUUGCUGUACUUGCCACAUUUGUUAAUGGUUCUUCAAUUUUAAUGAAUACAUGUAAAUGUCACUGCUUAUUUUCUAUGUUUUUAAGUGGGGUUUUUUUUUUCAUACAUACUCCAUCAAAAUAAAAAGUUC